CACCGUUUGUCUAAUCAAAACAAAAACAAGUUUUUGUAUGAUUUUCGUUUGAUAUUAUUGUUAUCUCUCCGUUUUUGCUAUCGUCUCCCUGAAUAAAAUUCUUUUGAGUAAACUUUAUCGUACAUAGUUUACCAUGCUGAAACCAAUGGUUCUCACAUCAGUCCUAGCCCAGGCAAAUACAGGAGGCGUAGAAAGCACAACUCUACUGACACACGAAGGCGCACUGCUGGCAUUUUCGGGCAGCGGAGACCGGGACUCGACGAGGGCAGCAAUUGCGGACGCAACAAUAAAAGCAGCAAUCGCAAGCAAUGUUUGGUCCGCGUACGAAAAGAACGGUCGGAACGCGUUCCGGGAGGAUCGUCUCCAGUACGUGUUCCUGCAGUGCGAGACGGGCAAUGUGAUUAUCACCCAGGUGGCCAAUCUAUUGCUGUGUUUGUACGCGCGGGAUAACGUUGGUUUGGGACUGUUGAAGGAGAAGGCGCAUGCGCUGGCAAACUAUCUGGAGGGCCCGCUAAAAGAAAUUGCUACGCCGUAGACAUUUAUGUUUCUUUUUUAAAACCAGCAAAUAAAACGUUGAAUGAUUGUUCGUACCGAAA